CCCCAUUAGCUCUGAUAUGUCUGCCUAACUUUCUUUCUUUCUAUCUCUCUCUUUCUCUCGUUCUCUCUAUCCCUUUAUCCAUCUCUGUAACACAAAGAAUGGAUAAAAAACCAUGCAAUUCAUCAUCCCAGGAUGCUGAAGUGAGAAAAGGGCCGUGGACCAUGGAAGAAGAUUUGAUUCUGAUAAACUAUAUUGCAAACCAUGGUGAAGGUGUAUGGAACUCCCUUGCCAAAUCUGCCGGUUUGAAACGAACUGGGAAGAGUUGCAGACUCCGAUGGCUAAACUAUCUCCGACCGGACGUUAGGAGAGGCAAUAUCACACCAGAGGAACAGCUCUUGAUCAUGGAACUGCAUGCCAAGUGGGGAAACAGGUGGUCGAAAAUCGCAAAGCAUCUGCCAGGACGGACCGACAAUGAAAUCAAGAACUACUGGAGAACCCGAAUCCAAAAGCACAUCAAGCAAGGUGAUCAGAGCAAUUCACAGGGACAAAGCUCAGAAGGGACUGCAGAUCAGGCAAGCACGAGCCAAAUGGGAUCGAGCAGCACUACUGGUCUCGACCCAAUGGAAACCACCUACCCUUUAUGCCCCACGACGGCGUCGUACCCAGUAACUCUGGUUCAGCCUCCUGAUCAUCCUAACGUUGUACCCCCUCCGGAUUCAAAUCAAGAGAAUUACUGGAGCAUGGAGGAUCUCUGGUCUAUGCAGUUACUAAAUGAGUAAAUGGAGACCAGUAAACACCCCCAACUCAUCGUCUAUAUUUAUAAUAAUUUGGAUCAUUAAUUACAUAUAUAUAAUUAGGUCUGUCUAUAUACAUAAUUAUUAGUACAUAAAUAAUUUUUUUUCUGUUUCAUAUAUAUAUGUUGGCCUGGUAUUUAAUUAAUUAUACUUAAAUUUAGUUUGUAAUAGGGUUAUCCUAAAGUUUGAGAUUUGCUUUC